CCUAUGCUCGGAGUUAUUUUCUUUCUUCUUCAACGUCGUGUGGCGUUUCCCUGAGGCAACAUGACGAGAAGAACCGCGAUUCUGACGUCUCUCAGACUAGCAAACUCGUUCCUGUCAGCUCAGAUUUCAUCGACUCGGUCGCUAUAUCCCCAGGUGACUCGAUUUUCACCCACUUCUGUUUCUCAUCGAUCCCAUUUUCUCGAUUUCAAAAGUACUCAUCCAUUGCUGUUUUUCUCGUCCAAGCCCCAUUCGCUUCUCCAGUUUGUUUUGGCCAACGAUUGGUCACAAGAUUUAGAAAACGAAUUAGAGACUUUGAACCCUACCCUGACACACGAAACUGUCGUCUAUGUUUUGAAAAGACUAGAUAAAGAACCCCAAAAAGCCUCGGGUUUCUUCAAUUGGGCCUGCGGGAAAAAUGGGUUUACCCAAAGUUCUUCGAUUUAUAGCAUUUUGCUUAGGAUUUUUGUUCAAAAUGAGUCGAUGAAGCAGUUUUGGAUCACAUUAAGGGUAAUGAAAGAACGGGGAUUUUACCUGGAUGAGGAAACAUAUUUGACCAUGUUGGGAAUCUUAAGGAGGGCAAAGAAGGCCGCAGAUGCCACGGCUUUGACCCAUUUUUACAAUCGGAUGCUGCAAGAAAAUGCCAUGGAUAGUGUGGUGCAGAAGGUGGUUAACAUUGUUUUAGGGUCAGAGUGGAGUAGCGAUGUUGCUGAAAACCUUGAAGGGCUUGGCAUUGUAUUAUCGGAUAACUUUGUAAUUAGAGCGUUGAAGGAACUUCGAAAUUUUCCACUGAAAGCCUUGAGCUUUUUCCAUUGGGUUGGUUGUAGACUGGAUUUUGAUCACAACACAGUUACAUACAAUGCAAUUGCCAGGGUUCUUGGACGGGAUGACUCGAUCGAGGCAUUUUGGGGUGUGGUUGACGAAAUGAAGAAUGCUGGUCACGAGAUCGAUAUUGACACUUACAUAAAGAUAUCGAGGCAGUUUCAGAGGAGCAAGAUGAUGGGUGAAGCUGUCAAGCUUUAUGAGCUUAUGAUGGAUGGGCCAUACCGACCCUCAUUGCAGGAUUGCAGCGUGCUUUUGCGGAGUAUAUCUGCCAGUGAUAAUCCAGAUUUGAGCUUGGUAUUUAGAGUGGCCAAGAAAUAUGAGGCAACAGGGUACAGUCUCUCCAAAGCCAUUUACGAUGGAAUCCAUAGGUCGUUGACAAGUGCAGGAAAGUUCGAUGAAGCGGAGAAUAUUGUGAAGUCGAUGAGAAAUGCAGGGUAUGAGCCUGACAAUGUUACAUACAGCCAACUGGUAUUUGGACUUUGCAAGGCUAGGAGACUUGAGGAAGCCUGUAAGCUGCUGGAUGAAAUGGAAGCAGAAGGAUGCAUUCCUGAUAUCAAGACUUGGACCAUUUUAAUUCAAGGACACUGUACUACCAAUGAAGUUGAUAAGGCAUUAGUUUGUUUUGCAAAGAUGAUAGAGAGGAACUGCGAUCCAGACGCCGAUCUUUUGGAUGUCUUGAUUGAUGGUUUCCUUGGCCAGAGAAAGCUAGAUGGUGCGUACCAGUUGCUGAUUGAGUUGGUGAAUAAGGCUCAUUUGAGGCCAUGGCAGGCGACAUACAAACAGCUAAUCGAAAAGCUUCUAGAAGUAAGGAAGCUUGAGGAAGCAAUUACCCUCCUUCGUUUAAUGAAGAAACAAAACUACCCGCCUUUUUCGGAACCAUUUGUUCUAUAUAUCUCCAAGUUUGGUACAGUGGAGGACGCUGCUGACUUUUUGAAGGUUCUGAGCUCAAAAGAAUAUCCUUCCGUGUCUGCCUACCUUCAUGUUUUUAAUUCGUUUUUCAAUGAAGGCAGAUGUUCUGAGGCCAAAGAUCUUCUCUUCAAAUGCCCACAUCACAUCAGAAAGCAUAGUGAAGUCUGUAAGCUCUUUGGAUCUGCAGAAAGCAAAAGCACUGAUGCUACUAAAUCUUCCUCCAAACCAUUGGAAGUUGGAACUUAAUCAUCACAUAGUACAAAAGAUUAACAACACAUCAGAUUUAGUUUCUUAUGGCUGUGGAUCUAGUUGUUUAAGUCAUGGGAUUCAAUUAGGCCAUGCAUUUUCUGAAUUCUCUGAUAUGGCUGCUUUGAUUUGUGAAAAACCAGUGGCCCUGUAGUUGUUGUGGAGGAAAAGAGGUUUCCUCAUGCCAUGGCCUUCACCCUUUUGAUUCUUCAAAUCAGUUCGAUUCAUUGGCAAAUACACUCAUCAUAAUUAUCUGCCUGUUAAAGUAUCUAAUUUUGCACAACAA